AUGGUUACAACACAAGAACAUAUCAAUCAAUUCUUAUCAAAAAAUGAUAAAAUUGUUCUUGAUUUCUUUGUUUGGUGGAAAUGUCCUAUUCAAACAAUAAAUACAAUUAAACAACUUGCUUCCUCUCAUAAAGAUGUAAUUUUUCUAUUAAUUAAUUCUGAAGAAUCUUUUGAUUUAUUACAAACAUUCUCAAUAUGUUCAUUACCAACAAUUAUUUUUAUGCAUCGAGGAGUUGAAGAAAAACGAAUAAAAGGAGCAUCAAUUAAUGAUUUAUCCAAUUUAUUAUCAAAUGAAUAUUUUUGUUAUUAUUUUGUUUGUAAAGAAGAUGAAAAUAAAUCAAAUAAUACGAAUUAUAAAAAAACACUAUAA